AUGUAGAAUGUGAAGAAUGUAAAUAGAAAAGUAAUUAUAAAUAGAAAUAACAGAUGGGAAAUUCAAAAAUUCAGGGAACAAGAGAAACAAAUCAGUAGAGAAAGAAAAAAAAAUUUGAAUUUAAGCAUAGAAAUUCAAAACUCCAUAAAAGAUAAUUAAAAUAAGCAAAAGAAAAAGAAUAAAUAAAACUAAAUUAAAGUCUUCAUCAAGUGACACAUUCUCCUUCUCUUUGUCAUCAUCAUCUCAAAUUCUUCUUCUGGUAUUCGUGCUUAAUCAUUCCCAAAUAAAUGAGAUAUUAAGAUUUGAAUCUAGAUAUUUAUUAAUUGGGCAAAACAAAUAUCAUUUAACUUACAAUAAUCAAAUAUUAAUUUAUUUAAUACUUAUUAAUGGGAUGCACUCAAGGCAAGCCGCCCCAAAAACACUCAGCUUAAGGGCAUUAGUAGCCUCCAGCUAACCUUUUACCAGAGCCUUAGUUGACAGAUCAUCACUAAAAUCCAAAGGAUAAGCUUGACUAUGUUCUAAGCAACACUACUCUAGACCAUCUUGAGCAAAAGAAGUAUAUUUAAAUAUGAAAUAGAUCAAACUAUGAUAAAUUGAUUGAUAAUUUAGUGUAGUAGAUGAAGAUUUCAUAAAAGGAAUUUCCAUCUUACAAUGACAUUUUAGUUGAUUAUUAUAAAAAAAUUACUGAGUAGAACAAUCCUGGGAAAGAACUUAUUCACUCAUCUAUUAAUUUUAUGACCCAAGAGUUCAAUUAAUUCAAUAAAUUGGAAUCAUUCUUGGAAGAAUCAGAUAAGCAACUUUAACAGAAAACUUUUAAAUUUUUAAUUGAUUUAUACUUCAUUUUGUCAACAAUGAAGACUGAAAUAUAAUUAUAAAGUUAUUGGUCUGGCGACUAUAUGAAAAGAUAUGAAGAUCAAGAUCAUCAUGUAUCUAUAUAAAAUGAUAAUACUAAUACUUAAAUUUCAAAUUUGAAUUAAAUUGAGUUAUAUUUGAAAUAAAAGAUUCAAAAGGCUAUCUAAAAUAUAUCAUAAAGACAAAGAUAAUAGUAAAAUACAAUAUCAUCUUAGGCAACUCAUCAAGAUUAACAGUUCUCACGAUGAAGUAAUGACUAAAACCGCUUUUAAUCACAAUGAAACUAUCGUUCAUCAUGCUAAAUCAUAAAACUAGAAGUACGCAACUCCAAUAUGAAAUUUAUUGAUAUUUAAUAUUUGAUCCAAU